CCUGUCGUUUUCGUUGAAACUGGGAAACGGCCUCAUCUCACGCUGCAGCUUUGAAGCUUAAAAAUUGGCGGAAAAACGCUUAAACCCACAAGAACCCUAAAGUUGCAGAGUGCUACCGCGACUUCAAUGGCGGAUCGCAGCUCAAGUCCGAACGGGGGGCAACAUGCAGCUCAGCCUUCGGCCGCUGCUGAUCACCACCAUUUCUUCGUUUGGAGGGAGUUCUUGUGGGGUGCUGCUGCUGGUGCUUUUGGCGAAGGAAUGAUGCACCCAGUUGAUACGGUCAAGACACGGAUUCAAAGUCAGGCAAUUCUCGGUGGGAGUCAGAAUCAAAAGAGUGUACUCCAGAUGGUCCGUUCAGUGUGGUCUGCAGACGGAUUCAGGGGGUUUUAUAGAGGUAUAGCGCCUGGAGUAACUGGAUCUCUUGCGACUGGAGCAACGUAUUUUGGUUUCAUAGAAUCCACCAAGAAGUGGAUUGAAGUAUCAAAUCCUGAUCUUGGGGGGCACUGGUCUCAUUUUAUUGCUGGAGCACUUGGAGAUACCCUGGGUUCUUUUGUAUACGUUCCAUGUGAAGUCAUGAAGCAGCGUAUGCAGGUCCAAGGCACCAAAUUGUCAUGGAGAUCAGUGGUCCAGAAAGACAGAGUUACCUUGAAAUCUAAUGCCCCUAUGUAUGGCUAUUAUAAUGGAAUGUUUCAGGCUGGCUCUUUAAUAUGGAAGGAGCAAGGAUUUAGGGGACUUUACGCGGGAUACUGGUCCACACUUGCUAGGGAUGUUCCAUUUGCCGGUCUUAUGGUCAUGUUUUAUGAGGCGCUUAAAGACAUGAUGGAGUACAGCAAGCAGAUGUGGGUAUCAGAUUCAAAUUUCCAUCUUAGCAGUUCAGUGGAAGGACUUAUGUUAGGUGGAUUAGCUGGUGGUUUUAGUGCUUAUCUUACUACUCCUUUGGAUGUCAUCAAGACAAGGUUGCAAGUGCAAGGAUCAGCGGCAAGGUACAAUGGCUGGUUCGAUGCAAUCCGUAGCAUAUGGCGGGUAGAGGGUGCAAAGGGAAUGUUCCGCGGUAGCGUGCCAAGGAUCACUUGGUACAUUCCAGCCUCCGCACUCACAUUUAUGGCUGUUGAAUUUCUGAGAGACCAUUUUAAUGAAGAACUGGACAGCAAUAACGUGCAAGAAGUUUCCACUCUGUCGAUAGACAAAACUGGGUCUUUGACAGAAGUGGCUUAGUGACCAUGAAUCUUCCAUACCGAUUGUAUGGAGAAGAUGGGGCAUUGUCUUUACCAUGUUCUACCAUUUUUUAAGAUCCAUGAAGCUGAACCUUACCGUGGAAAUAGAGCUGGAAAAACUGAAAUACCGACAUCCUCGCUCUUGCCUUUGGUGAAAGAUCGAGUUUUUGAGUGUAGACCUCAAAGAGGCAAAGAGCAGCGAGGGAGAAAUUUUUUCGACUGAAGGGCUUGCCCAAGCCAAAUACUCAUAGAGA